UUUCCAAAUGAAGCUGUAUUAUAUCAGAUGCCAGUCAUAAGUCAGAACGGUCAAAACUACCCGAGGACUGGAAACACCGAGCAGGAGAGGCUUUGUUGGCUUUGGCUAUUAGUUUAAGUAUUGCUUAAUGCAUUAGUUGAUUUACUGGAAAUUGUUCAGAGACAACCACCACUAGUGUUAAAUCUCCAUUUUUAUUUACACUGCCUAAGACAUAAUUCUUGACCUUAAGUCAAAAUGAUCAUUAUGUGUGAGUGCUCUUCAGUCCUCUGUGACCACCACUGGUGGUGAUUUCUCGCCACCUGGGACUCCUCGACUGAAGCAUCUCUCCAGCCACCUCCCUGUGUCUCCGCCAUGAGCACCUCUGAGCCGGCGACCACAGCCGAGUGGUCGAUCGAGUGCUCGGACGACGAGCGGUUCGCCGACUGGACGGUGGAGGAGGGUGAGCCUGUGCCGCCUCUGGACGCCGUGCAGACCCUGUACUCGGCCGUGGAGAGCGGCGAGCCUCCCGAGCUGGUCUGGCGCUGUCUGGGGCGCCGGCAGAUGGACGCCGAACAGCCCUCAGAGGACGAGGACGAACCGGUACAGCUGCCCGAUAUGUCAGACUUUGACUUCGGUGCGGAUGAUGUGUCGCAGCCAGUGAAAACGCCGCGUCGUCAGCCGGGGGCCGCGCCCAGAGGUAGCGCCAAGAAGAAGUCCACGAGUCUGGAUAAAAUUCUCAAGAGCAUGAAGCGGACCCGGGAGCUCGAGGCGCGGGAAGCGAGCGAGGCAAACGCAGCCAACAGCAAGGAGAAAGCAGGAUGAUGCUAAGGACCGUGUUUGAAGUGCUUAAUCGCGUGAUAUUAAUCUAAUUGACAAACUGACAACAGUGACAGCGUGGAACAAUUUUUGUGACAGAAAACAUUUUAAACUAUCCAUGAGAACACUGUGAAACUGUGCAUUGUGUCGAAUAUCAGACGUCUGUGACUAGGACGCUCGUCAUAAUUGCUGCAUAGUGUAUACAUUGGUGAUACACCUCGGGAGAAAGCAUGGUGCGUGGCGCGUUCCGUCAUAUUCAUAUUCAUAUGGGUGUUUUUCUGAUUGGACAUGGUCCUUACACAUCAUUUUCAUUUUUCUUUUGUAAGCAUUUCUCCAUCUUUUAUAUGCAAAGUUACGUGUACGAGAUGUAUGUUUCAUACGUUCCCUGUUGCGUUAGUGUGAGCAUUGCUAUGGUUAAUGAUGCCUUGCUCUGCGGUGACCUGAAGCCUGAUGACAGUAAUCUAUCACGCUUAAUUGCAAAGGUUUGAAAGAAAAUCAAUUACAAUUAAACCCUUUACGUUGCACUUCUCGCGAUCUGUGCAUAGAUACAAAUACAUUUCGUUUUACCGUAACAU